GCUGACGUCACUGCGGCGGAGCCUCGGGCGCCUGUGGAAGGCGAGCAGACGCUCUGGGCGGCCGUGUUGCAAGUCGGCGUGCGAGCGUGCGAGCAAGCGGGUCUGGGCCGCGGGGUGCAGCUCCGCCCGGGACAGCGAGGAAGGCAGAAAUUGAAAAGAUGUCUUCCAGUAAUGACCACGUUUUAGUACCAAUGUCACAGACAAACACCAAUGGCCUUCCUGGAAUGAACUCAAGUGACGUGAAGACGCUUACAGGAGAUGUGUUAAGUUUUCAUAACAUCACCUAUCGAGUGAAAGUGAAGACUGGGUUUCUAGUCCGGAAGACGGUUGAGAAAGAAAUACUCUCGGGUAUCAAUGGAAUCAUGAAACCUGGCCUCAAUGCCAUUCUUGGACCCACAGGCGGAGGCAAGUCUUCGUUAUUAGAUGUCUUAGCAGCAAGGAAAGAUCCACGAGGAUUAUCUGGAGAUGUUCUGAUAAAUGGUGCACCUCAACCUGCCAAUUUCAAAUGUACUUCAGGCUAUGUGGUUCAAGAUGACGUUGUGAUGGGCACCCUGACAGUGAGAGAAAACUUACAGUUCUCAGCAGCCCUUCGGCUUCCCACAACUAUGAAGAACCAUGAGAAGAAUGAGCGGAUUAACAUGGUCAUCAAAGAGUUAGGUCUGGAAAAAGUAGCAGAUUCCAAGGUGGGAACCCAGUUCACCCGUGGUGUCUCUGGAGGAGAAAGAAAGCGGACAAGCAUAGGAAUGGAGCUGAUCACUGACCCUUCCAUCCUCUUCCUGGACGAGCCCACAACUGGUCUGGACUCCAGCACAGCAAAUGCUGUCCUUCUGCUCCUGAAAAGAAUGUCUAAACAGGGUCGAACAAUCAUCUUCUCCAUUCAUCAGCCUCGGUAUUCCAUCUUUAAGUUGUUCGACAGCCUCACCUUAUUGGCCUCAGGGAAACUCAUGUUCCAUGGGCCUGCCCAGGAGGCUUUGGAGUACUUUGCAUCAGCAGGUUACCACUGUGAGCCCUACAAUAACCCUGCAGACUUCUUCCUGGAUGUCAUCAAUGGAGAUUCUUCUGCUGUAGUGUUAAAUAGAGAUGAAGAAGGCCAGGAAGCAAACAAAACUGAAGAACCCUCCAAGAGAGAGAAGCCGAUAAUAGAAAACUUAGCUGAGUUUUAUACCAACUCCUCCAUAUACAGAGAAUCAAAAGCUGAAUUAGAUCGACUUCCGAAGGCUCAGAAAAAGAAAGGAAUAUCAGUCUUCAAAGAGUCCGAGUAUGUUACCUCCUUCUGUCAUCAGCUCCGAUGGAUUGCCAAGCGCUCAUUCAAAAACUUGCUGGGGAAUCCUCAAGCUUCUAUAGCUCAGGUAAUUGUCACAAUCAUACUGUCACUUGUGAUUGGUGCCAUUUACUUUGGUCUGACAAAUGAUAGAGCUGGAAUCCAGAAUAGACAUGAGUAUAUCAGUGGAUAUUACAGAGUGUCUUCCUACUUCUUUGGAAAACUGAUAUCUGAUCUCCUACCCAUGAGGUUUUUGUCAAGCGUUUUAUUCACUUGUAUAUUAUACUUCAUGUUAGGAUUGAAGAAAGAGGUGGCGGCUUUUUUCAUCAUGAUGUUCACCCUUAUAAUGGUCGCUUACACGGCCAGUUCCAUGGCACUGGCCAUAGCUGCAGGUCAAAGCGUGGUAUCUGUGGCAACCCUUCUCAUGACAAUCUCUUUUGUAUUUAUGAUGAUUUUUUCUGGUCUUUUGGUGAAUCUCACAACCAUUGAGCCUUGGUUAUCCUGGCUUAAGUACUUCAGCAUUCCUCGAUAUGGCUACACAGCUUUGCAGUAUAAUGAAUUCUUGGGACAAGACUUCUGUCCAGAACUCAAUGCAAAUGUCAGCGACACCUGCAAUAACAGCUUUGCAAUAUGUACUGGUGACGAGUACUUGAAAAGUCAGGGCAUCGGUCUGUCACCUUGGGAACUGUGGAAGAAUCAUGUGGCUCUGGCUUGUAUGAUUAUUAUCUUCCUCACAAUUGCCUACCUAAAGUUGUUAUUACUUAAAAAGCAUUCUUAAAUUCCCCUUUACCAUACUAUUAAAUGUAUUCCUAUUAAAUGUGGGCACUUUGAUUGA